UCGGGCGUAUCGUAUGAUAUUUGACGUCUCCAAACUCUCUGUGUGUUUUGUGUAGUGAUUUAUUCGUAAAUUGUACUCAUCUAUCGCCCUGAAAGUCUUAAUUUAAUCCUAAUAGGUGUGGUCUAUCGUGAAGUGAAGAAAUUAUGAUGUCCGAUCGAAAAGCAGAGUUAGAGAGGAAGAAGGCGAAACUCCAGGCUAUCAGAGAGGAGAAAGAGCGACGUAGAAGGGAAAAAGAGCAGAAAGAUGUAGAAGAGGCCACAGUAAGAGCAGCUGGAGCUGACAAAGACCAUCGAAAGGAGCUGGAUGCAAUGCUAUCAUCUCUUGGGGUAGCUCCAGUCUCUGAUGUUUUAUCUAGUCUUUCGAGUAUGAAUUCUCUGGCUUCAGAUCAGAGCAAUAAUAUAACACCUGAUGUCAGUAUGCAACCCUCAAGCAUAACUCCAGCCCAAUGUGGUUCAACAAAGAAAAAGUCAAAUCGUGAACUGACCGUUGUCUCAGUGGCCCACACUAACAUUCCGCCAAAAGAACCAGUGGUAUACAGCAAGCAGACGCAAACAGCCCAGACAGCCCAAACUUCGCACGACGGAUUGUCCGACUCCUCUUCCGCAAACACCAUCUACUCCUACUGUACGACAACGUCACCAACUCACUCUUGCUCCGCAGGCUACUUUGAGACUGACUGGUGGCGUCCCAGGAAAGGUGGGUCUGCACCAAACUACCUAUACGAGUACAAUCUAAAUCCUGGUUUAGAGUGGGAGGACGAAUUCACAGUUUUGACAUAUGAUGAUGGCCAAGCCGAGGAUGAGGAGAACAGUCUACCUCACAUGGACGGUUUCCAAAGCAAACUACCACCUGGAAUUCUUCCCCAUGGUCUGCCCCAGGUCAAGGAGGUCCAGCCAGCGGUCACCCAGGUUGAACAACAGUCCAAGGAAGAGAAACCCAAAGAAGUCCGAGAAUUGAGUGAAGAGGAAAAGCAAAUGCUUAUCCUCUCCGAGGACUUCCAAAAGUUUUUGGACAGAACCAGUCGAAUUGUCGAGCGGGCAUUAGCCGAAUGCGUUGAUAUUUACGCGGAUUACACCGGGACAUUGGAUGGAGAGGAAGGAAUGGACGAGAAGAGCCAUCAACGCCUGUGGCUCAACCGUUCGUUUUCAGACGAACGUUGGUCGCGAAACCGAUGUGUCACAUCCCUAGACUGGUCCCCCCAGUUUCCAGAGCUGCUCGCGGCCUCCUAUCACCACAACGAUGACGCACCCAACGAUCCGGACGGUAUCUGCCUAAUUUGGAACACAAAAUUCAAGAAGACUACCCCAGAAUUUAUCUUUCACUGUCAGUCCCCGGUGAUGUCGACGACAUUCGCUCGUUUCCAUCCCAACUUAAUUCUCGGUGGUACAUAUGCAGGUCAAAUAGUUCUCUGGGACAAUCGAGUUCAAAAGCGAACACCAAUCCAACGUACUCCUCUAUCAGCAAGUGCUCACACCCAUCCAGUUUACUGUCUCAACGUUGUCGGUACCCAGAACGCUCACAAUCUCAUCAGCAUCUCCACAGAUGGAAAAAUGUGCUCGUGGAGUUUGGACAUGCUGUCCCAACCCCAGGAGACCCUGGAUCUACAGGCUAAGCAGUCCAAAGCAAUAGCAGUUACUCGUCUGGCAUUUCCUCAUGGUGAUGUGAAUAAUUUUGUCGUUGGUAGUGAGGAUGGAACUGUUUAUUCAGCCUGUCGUCAUGGAAUACGAGCUGGUGUUACUGAGACGUAUGAGGGACACCAGGGGCCAGUGACGUCUGUCAGUGCUCAUGCUGUUCAGGGUGGCAUCGACUUCUCUCACUUGUUCCUCACAUCAUCCAUCGACUGGACGAUUAAACUCUGGAGUCUCAAGGAGAACAAACCACUUCACUCGUUCGAGCACAAUGGCGACUACGUGUACGAUGUCGCCUGGUCACCAAUUCAUCCAUCUCUAUUCGCAGCUGUCGACGACUCUGGCCACUUGGAUCUCUGGAAUUUGAAUCAGGACACUGAAGUACCCACUGCCAGUGUCGUUGUCGAUGGGGCACCAGCACUCAAUAGAGUCUCCUGGACACCCAGUGGGCUACACGUUACCGUUGGCGAUGAUUCUGGUAAAAUCUGGGUGUAUGAUGUCGCUGAGAAUUUAGCCCAUCCCCGUGGAGAUGAGUGGAAUAAAUUUUUGUACACACAGCAAGAUUUGAAGAACAAUAAGGCGGAUGAGGAGCUCGAUAAACUCAACUUGAGCUCUGGACCCUCGAGUCUCAGCUCUAUGUCGUCGAUCUCAUCGGUGCCCAUCAGAUAAAUCCACCGAAUAUAGUCUUGAGGGAUUUUUACUGAUUUUUUUCCGUUUCGCUCAAGUUUUCCGGAAGCCCACAAUAUUGGUCUCUUUCCUUCUCUUUUUUAAAUCAGUUUCUUCAGCCGAUUUGUUGAAUGUGUUCUCAUUUUGUUGAAUUAUUCAGUCGGAGGGAUUUUUUAUGCUUAUUCGUGUAAAUAAUUGAGAUUAUAUUGAGUUUAAAUUGUCUUUUUUUACUUGCACUGCAUAAUUGAGGAUUUAUCCAAUAUCCAUAACUAUAAAUACUUGUAAAAUAGAUAUUCUCGGUUUUAAAUUGAAAAAGCAACAACUCUUAAGCUAUUAUAUUCGUCAGUGCAAAACCAUAUGUAUCUCCAGUGUAAUGUUCAACUCCGCGUAUAUUUAUUAUUUCAAAUUGUCCAUGUAAAAACUAUAAUAACCUUGGAAAAAUAAACUCCUUAAUGCAGUA